CACAAUCAGCUGAUUCUGUUUACUAGUGUGACGUGCCAUGUGGAGGAGACCUUUGCUUUCUUCAUUGGUGACAUGAAGAAACGAAAGAGAGAAAUUUUACGCUUUUUAGAAUAGCUUACAAAGCAUGGUGGGCGUGCGGGUGCCGGAGCGCCUGGAGGCAGGCGCACUUCAUGCGUGGCUGCGGGCGCUGGAGGCGGCAGCGCGGCGCGGCGAGGGCGUUCGGGCCCCCCUGGAGGCGCCCCCGGCCCUCCUGGCGGCAGCGCUGAACCAGGGCGCGGCGGGGCUGCGAGAAGCCGUGGUUGCACGCCUUGCGGUGGCCGCAGUGACGGCGGGGGUCAGCCGCCUGGAGGUCCACCUCGAACAUCCUACGCUCAUCGAGGCCUUGAUGGAGGCCCUGCACGCCCACCCCGCCCACAUCACCUCCCUCUCCCUCACAUUGGGCCCUCGCACUUCCUUGGGCGGCCUCCUCUGCCUGGCUCUUCGCGGCAUGAGUGCCCUCACGACCCUCGCCCUCACGCCUGCCGCAAGCGACGAAGACAUGGUGGCGCUGGCGCAGGCAGCGCCGCCCCUUCGUGCCCUCGACGUGGCUUACUGCGCCUCCGUCACGGACAAGGGCAUACGGGCGCUGCUGGGCGUGGCCGACGAUAGCUUUACCAUGAAGGAGGUCCUGACGGGACGGAUUAAGCGCGGGGGCGACGCUCCCACCACCAGCCUCACCACCGUGAACCUCUGGGGCACAGAGGUGACCACCCGCGGCUGCGCCCUCUUGCUGGCGGCGUGUCCGUCGCUCGCAUCCCUCACCUGCCGUUGGACGGGCGAGGCGCUCGACCUCAUGAUGCGGGGCGGCCGAGAAGCUAGCCUUGCCCUGAGUCAGCUGCUGCUGACGGAGGCGGCCUUCCCGCCGCUGGAGGAGGUGACGAGAGUGUGCCCUCAGCUCACGUCCCUGGUAGCGAGGCGGCCGCCAGACCCCGUGAGCGUGAAGAGCAUGAUUAGCUCGAUCCCGUCGCUGACCGCUGUCACGCUCCUGCAGUUCAUGCCCGAGUCGGAGCAGUGGCUGUCCAGCGAUCCCGCGCCCGCCCUCACUUACCUCCACCUGUCGCUCCUCGACGCCCGCCAGGUGGACCUCGCGGGCCUCGCCGACACGUGCCCUGCCCUCACGCAUCUCGUGCUCGAGGGUGUCACCCUCUUUCUGCCCCGCCCGCGCCCCUCCGCUCCGCUGUCAAAGCUGACAACCCUAAGGCUCGUGACACCGCCCACCCAGACACACGUCAUCGACCCCGAGGUGGCCGUGUGGGCCAUGGUGUGGGCGAGGAACGCCGUGAGUGUCGACCUGGGAUCCUGCAAACUCUUCACUGACCAGCACCUGUCACAAGCCCUGGAUCAGGGGGCGCUCGCGCAGGUGGAGGACUUGCGUCUAUCAGGGGCCGGCCAGGUCACGGACACCGGCAUCGACGAAAUGAUGCGCUGCUGCCCGUACCUCCGGCGCCUCGCUCUCAAGAUGCUCCCCAAGGAACGCCUGGCCGAGCUCGAGGCUCUCAAGGUCAAGAUAAGGGAGGAAAACCUUGACCUUGAGCUCAUAACUUACGGCUGGAAGUUUUGAUUUUGCUUUUCUACAAAUAAGAUAAAAAGAACCAAGAAACAACGGAGGGACAGUAUUUUCUGCGUUUGUGUGUGUGUAUGUAUGUGUGUGCGUGCGUGCGUGCAUGCGUUCAUGCGUGUCUGCGUGUAUUUGUGUUCCAGAUGAAAAUGCAUCAGCUGUUCAUAAUUAGCACGUUAGUUGUCGUUUUAUAUUUCAGAGAUGUUUUUGCAUGAUGUGUUAGUUGGUAGAUGGGAAUUAGGCAAACACCCGAAACUGUCUGUGGCCUUCAUGGGUACAUAACGUGCAUCUGAUCGUAUGGGUAAUGAUUAUUCAGAUUGAUAUCCUUCCAUCAGUGAACUUGUGUACCGCUCGGUUUCACCAUAGUUUACAAUUUUGAGUUUUAUUGCACUUUGAUUUGCAUUACAUUUGAUUUCUCAAUUAUUAUGAUGACUAGGAUAUGUGUUAUCGUUGGUAGCUUGACUACUAUGAUAAUUUUAUUUCAUUAUUAUUACAAUAUAUUUUCAUCGUUAUAACAUUAAUUCUAGAAUGUAUUGUAUAUUAGUUUUUCUUAGUACGAUUUUUUUAUUUUUAAUUAUUAUUUUAAUAGCUUUUACUGACAUUGUUAUAACUGUUAUUAUCAUUCUGAUUAUUAUGCGUGUUUUUUUGUAUUUUAUUGUUAUUUUUAUUCCUAUCAUUGACUUUACUAUUUUUUUGUAAUUACUAGUAUCGUCAGUGUAAUGAUAAUUUAAAAUGGUGGUGUUUUCACUAUUAGUGGUGGAAGUAGUUUUUAAAAAUAUCAGUGGUGUCAUUUAUUGUUGUCGUUAUUAUGAUGAUACUGAUACUACCACUAUUAUUACCAAUAUAAUUUAUCAUUGAUAUUGUUAUAAUACUGAAAGAAAGUUCUUAAUUUAAUCAUUAUAUCAUUAACAUUAUUAUUUACUGUUAUCAUUAUGAUAAUUUUUUUUUAUUAUUGUUGAAUUUUAUAUAACAUUCUAAUAAUUCUCUCCCUUUUCGUGUCACGAUAACAAAACGAGACACAUUAGCUAUAUAACAGCGUAGUUUAAUCUCAGAUGGUAUUUUUGCUAUUUCAGUGUGCGUACCAUGAUAUCUCAGAAUAUGAACCAUUGCUUAGGAAAUGCCGAACGGUGAUGGGCAGUGUAACAUUUGUGUGAUUUAUAUUUUUGGCUGGUUUAGACAAGAGUAAGUACAUUAUAUAUACACACAUAGUGUAUGUAUGAUAUUUUUUUUUUUUUUUUUUUUUUUUUUUUGUUAACGUGUGCAAUUUUGGAAACGUGAUUCUUUCAUAUACGCUUAGGAAGUUCUAGCUUUUUGACGCACAACUCUCUCUGCUGUGAUUCAAUCUUUACGUACUUCGCUAUAGAGAAGUUAAAUAAACAAAAUAUCUGUGGAUACAUUUCAUUUAUAUAUAGAAAAAAAUCGAUCUGUUCUCUUUUCAUAGUUCUUUGUACAAGGUGGUGUUAGCAACAAGAUAGAGGUGUUUUUUUACUCCACUGUGUUCAGAAAAUCGAAUCUCAAGGUAUAUACCAACAGAUAACCCUUAACCAAAACAAUGUGAAAGUUAUUGUUAUGCAGAUAAGCUUAUUUGAUACCGUAAUGAUGUGACUGAUUUUCCCCCUCCAGGUUUUUAAUCAAAGCUCAAAUGUCCGAUGUUUACCUUUGGAUUCGACUAUGUUCUUCAGAGUGUUCAUUCAUAUCGAGAAGUGUCUUUACCUUGGGUAUUGUCUUCGAUGUUAUAUUUUUGGGUCAAGAUGUGAUAUAUGUGAAUAUAUGAGAAAUGAGAAA